AUGCUUCCAUCAACCCCACAGCCAUGGUCUACUCCCAGUUGGCGAAUUGAGCCAACAUUUUCAACUAGAGUGCUCAUUGGAAACUGGGGAGAAGAGAGAAGAAAGUUCAUCAAAACUUCAAAACCAAAUUUCCAGAGCACUUUUCAAAGGGACUUUGUCCGGUUCCCAGAUCACAAAGCAGAUCAUAUAACAAAAUGGUAUUAUAUGAGAAGAAUUGAGGGUCUGCCAUAUAAGCACCUGAUAACCCACCAUGAGGAGCCGAAACAUCGGAAUUUGAUCAGCACAUAUGAUGACCAUUUCAACCGACAUGGCUACAACCCUGCCUUGCCACCAAUCCGUACCUGGAAUGGGCAGAAACUGGUGUGGCUGCCAGAGAAGUCAGACUUUCCCCUUCUUGCUCCCCCCACCAACUAUGGCCUCUUUGAGAAUCUCAUGAAGAAAUGGCAAGAGCCUACUAAGACUGACCCCAUGAACAGUGUUUACACCUUGUCUUAUGUAAGACACCCAGUGUCUGCUCUGUCCCGGCAUGAGCAUGCAAUCCCCGUUCCUCCUCCCCGCCUACAGUGA